AAACACCGCCUGAUUUCCAUGGAGGUCAUCCUGAUUUCAGAAAAGUAUGUUUGUUAGCAUCUACUUGUUUAUCUCAUGUUUAUGUUUUGUUUUGUGAGCACGGCGAUGUAGUCAAGUGCACGUCGUGGUCAAGUCGUCGUGGUUGUGAACGUGGUAGCAGUGGUAGGUGGAAUCCGUGGAGUUGUAUCACUCAACUGUGUCAUGAUGUCCGAAGAUCCCAAGAAAACAGCGACGGUCAGGCAGCAUCGGUGCCCCGUGUGCGACAAGGUGUUUGCAAAUCGGCACAACGUCGUGCGACACGCACUGAGCGUACACUCGAUCGUCCUAAAGAAGAAGAAGAAGGCGACAUUCAAGUGUGACCAGUGCAACUGUCCCGCCUACGGUCACCGACAUCGGCUCCUCCAACACCUCAGCUACGAGCACGGGUUCGCGCCCAGGUUCGAAGAACUCAAGUUCCGUUCCCGAGACGAAUUCCUUGCCUGGAAAGAUGAAGAGGAAUACAGAGAGAAGGUCCACUUCGUGACGCCCUCCAGCCACAAGGAAAUAUUUGGCGGACAGCUCAAGCGCUAUUACAACUGCCACCGCUCUGGCAUGUUUGUCGCCAGAGGCGAGGGCAAGCGAAAGCUCAAAUCCCAAGGAAGCUGCAAGGUCGGCACCCACUGCAUGGCAACCAUGACCGCCAUCGAGACAAAGGAAACCGGCAUCGUGUCCGUUGUUUACCAGAAGGAACACUACGGCCACACCAUCGACCUCGGCCACGUACGGCUGACCAAGCUGGAGAGGCAGGUCGUAACGGACCAGUUGCUCCAGGGGACCUCGACCGCAGAAGUCCUCCGCAACAUUCGGUGUUCCAUGAAGCGCCAGCUGUCCAAGAUCCACCUGAUAACCAGGAAGGACUUGGAGAACAUCUCCAGGGUUAAACUCGGGUGCACGCUGACGCAGAUCAAAGAGCGGGUGAGAGCAGGCCUCGUCCCGAGACCCAUCAAGACGGAACCUCCGGAUGAUUCGGUGGAUGCGGAAUUCCUCGACGACGUUCCUCGAGACGACAGUCCAGAGGACGAUUGUCUUGCAGAGUGUGAGGACAUGGAGAUGGUUCUUAACAGCGUCGCGAGUCUGAGCAGUGCCCAGAGCAGCGCGAAGCAGAGGCUUUUCGAUGCCAUCAGGGAGCUCUGCGGGAAGGUGGGCUCGUACUGCGGGGACGACGACCAGUUGGUUCGAGUGGAACAGGAAGUGAGGUGUCUCAGCCAGCUGCUGGACUCUAGACCCGUGGAGGAGGUUCUUGCGGAGUGCGAUCCUUCCGAGGAGGUUGUCAACAGCGAGACAUUUGUCCGGGAAGAGACAAGGAGGCAGCGGCAUGACCACGGGUACUCAAAGACCGCGUGUUAGUGGAACUGCAAAGAUGGUCUAAGGGCAACUUGUCGUCUGCUAUUGUCAACGUGUAGUUGUGACGACAAACCCUUGUUUACUUGUGGAUGCUGCGCCCCUAAUGAUUUCUAGUUAAUUAAAGAAUAAAAUAAUUUGAAGAGGGUAA